ACUGGCCUAGAUGGACUUUUGGUCUGACCCAGUAUGGCCAUUCUUACGUUCUCAUGAAGAAGGGGAGGAGCAGAGAGAGGAAAAGCCAGUUCCUGCCUCUGCCUAAUCCCUGCGCUGCUGGGGGAAUGUGCUGCUCUGGGGACAAUGUCAGGAGGACCCCCCAAAGCAGCUCCAUUGAUUCUGCUCUUUUCUAGCGUUUGGCUCAGAGACUCUGUUACUGGGAUGGUUUAAAAGUGUCUCAAGGUUUUAGUCCCAGUGGGAGGAACCAGGUUUACAUUGUAAUAAAAUAACUGAGCAUUUUCUCAGUGUGGCAGAGUCUAGUGUGUCUCUCUGCAGGGAAAGAGCUAGGGGAACUGGGGUGUGAAAUAGACUGAAACCCCUUCUGAAACCUCCCCAGUCAUCUUCUCACCCUGACAGGCUGCAGAAUAACGACCACGUUUUGCUCCAGAUCAACCCAUCUUCCUAAGGGACAGGGAAGGGAAAUGGCUGUUUUGGAUCCAGCUCAGAUGCUGGUGACCUUCGAGGAGGUGGCUGUGUAUUUCACUGAGGGGCAGGGGGCUCUGCUGGACCCCAAUCAGAGAGCACUCUACAGGGAUGUCAUGCAGGAGAAUUAUGAGACGGUGACCUCGCUGGCAGGACUCCCCAUUCCCAAACCUAACCUGAUUGCCCAGCUGGAACGAGGGGAAGAGCCAUGGGUCCCAGAUCUCCAGGCCUUCGAGGAAAGGAAGAUCCCAAGAGGCACCCGCACAGCAGGUGAUAGGACUGUGAGUGAGAACAGGGAGGAGAAUCCACAUCAGGAAAGUAAAACACUGGUGAAACCACAGGGGAUGUUUUUGAAAAGAGCUAAAGGGAAUUCUUCUCAAUGCUGGGAAAAGGUCAAAACCCGGGGAAAUCAACACAAAUCAAAGAGGAACAUGGGAAACCACCCAAGGAAGAAAGUGAAUGAAUCCAUUCAAUAUGGGGUAGGAUGUAACAAUCUCAAGGAAACCACAGCCCAGCCAAAAACCCACAUGGAAGAGAGAACCUACAAGUGCUUGGACUGUGGGAAAAGCUUCAGUCGGAACUAUUCCCUUAUACAACAUCAGAGAAUUCAUACAGGAGAGAAACCCUAUAAAUGCUUGCAUUGUGGGAAAAACUUCAGUCGGAACUACACCCUUAUUCUACAUCAGAGAACCCAUAUGGGAGAAAGACCUCCUAAUCAACUUGAUGGUGGGAAAUGUGUCAAUGAGAAUUCAAACCUUAUUACUUAUCAGAAAAUCCACACAGGGGAGAGACCCCAUAAGUGCUUUGAGUGUGGGAAAUGUUUCACUGAGAAGUCAACCCUUGUUAAACAUCAAAGAAUCCACACAGGAGAGAGAGCUCAUAAAUGCUUGCACUGUGGGAAAAGUUUCAGUCGGAAUUAUACCCUUAUUAUACAUCAGAGAAUCCAUACGGGAGAAAAACCCCAUAAAUGCUUGCACUGUGGGAAAAGUUUCAGGCGAAACUACACCCUUAUUCUACAUCAGAGACUCCAUACGGGAGAGAAACCCUAUAAAUGCUUGCACUGUGGGAAAAAUUACAAGCAGAAAUCAAGCCUUUUUUCACAUCAGAAAAUCCAUGCAGGAGAAAAACCCCAUAAAUGCUUGGACUGUGGGAAAAGCUUCAUUCACAGCUCACAGCUUAUUAGACAUGAGAGACUACACACGGGAGAGAGACCUUAUAAAUGCCUCGAAUGUGGGAAAAACUUCAGUCGGAACCAUACCCUUAUUCUACAUCAGAGAAUCCAUACAAGAGAGAGACCCCAUAAGUGCCUCAACUGUGGGAAGUGUUUCAGUCAGAAGACAAACCUUGUUACUCAUCAAAGAAUCCACACGGGAGAGAGACCCCAUAAAUGCAUCGAGUGUGGGAAAUGUUUCAAAGACAAGUCAAACCUUAUUACACAUCAGAGAAUCCAUUCUGGGGGGAGACCACAUGCGUGCCUGGACUGUGGGAAAAGCUACAGUCGGCGGUCACACCUUACUAAACAUCAGAGAAUCCACACAGGAGAGUGCCCCCAUAAAUGCUUGAGCUGUGGGAAAAGUUUCAAUCGGAGCUCAAACCUUGUAACACAUCAGAGAAUCCAUAUGGGAGAGAAACCCUAUAAAUGCUUGGACUGUGGGAAAGGCUUCAGUCAGAGCUCACACCUCAUUAUGCAUCAGAGAAUCCAUACAGGGUAUAAACCCUAUAAAUGUUCUGACUGUGAGAAAACCUUCAUUCAAAGAUCACACCUGCUUAGACAUCAGAGAGUCCACAUGGGAAAGAGAUAUCAUAAGUGCCCAGACUGUGGAAAAAGGUUUAGGAAGAACUCACACCUUAUCAUGCACCAGAGACUCCACGUGGGAGAGACACCUUGAAUGUGGGUGAUGCUUCAGUUGGGCACAUAUCGUAUCAGGCAUCAGCAAAUCCACACAGGGAAGAGUUCUUUUAAAUGUCCUUAGCAUGGAGAAGGCUGCAAUUGGGAAGCUAACUCCAUAUUGGACCUCAGAGACUCCUCUAUACAGGAGAGAAAUGCUGUCCGUGCUCUGACUAGGGCUGGUUACGGUAGUAUGUGACAGCGUACCCCAUAAGGCUUUAUGGGGGGGUGUUUAUAAAUGUAUGUAUGAUAUAACUGAAAUAUGUUUUGUGCUGCCUGUGCCAUGUAACAUAUCU